CACGGACCGUCCUGCGACCUGCCUGAUUUGAAGACUCUUUUAUUAGCCGCUCAAAGUAUUCUAAAGCGAUGCGAAUGUCGUCGACGUUUUGAUAAAAUAUAGCAUUAAAUCGUUAGAGGAGCCGCUGCAGGGGGAAGAUUCCUUCGCUGAAGCUUUUCCGCUGGAUUCUGACUGGAGCUCAGUGAGAGAAGGGACCACCGCGCCUGCUCCAGGUUGUAAAACACAGGCAGUGUGAGCAGCAGCAAGGUUAUAAGAUAAGACACACAGUUCUGUUAGCUGUCCUUAAGCUGCCUUUUGUCUUGAAUUCAGAAGGCCAAAAGCGCUGUGUUAAAGAUGUGCGAGUGAGGCUAAAGUACAGUUUUGCAGUAUUUCCAUUUAAAAAGCUGAUUUUUCUUUCCUAUGAAAUAAUUUGAUGCAGAUAUUUUCAUAUGUACAAUCAAAUAUUCUGCUUUAAAAAGCACAUGUGCUGAGAGCUAAAGUGUAUUUAACAGUAGCACUCAUCUACAUAUUAUUGCUCUGUGAGGGACCUUCAGAAUACAUGUGCAUACUUUUGCUUUUCCUACAUGUUGCUGUUCACACUUAGGCCAUUUUCUGAACCAAUGCAAUGCAAUAUUCACAUGUUGGCCAUCAGAAUUCUCCUCAUGUGAGGCAGUAAACAUAUAUAACCUGUGUUUGCCCAUAGAAACAGAUUACCAGUGGCCACGCUUUUUUUUUUCUUUCCGUCUGCCUGGCUGCGUACCUUACCCAACACUUUCACUUUCCGCAGUGAGCUGCAGAUCACAAUGGACAAUUGCUAGGAAAUUGCAAUGAUAUGUCUAAGAAUGCUUGAAAUCAAAUCAAAAGCAGCUCAAUAGACAUAAAGUGUGGAUAUUUAUUCUUUUAAGGGAGAAACGGUUUAUUUAGCUGUUUCCAUGUAUGGGCGGACAUUGACCUGGACCUGUAAGAUAUGGCAUGAUCUGUGGCUGUGUUGGGGAAAACACGGUAAUACUCAAUAUUAAAAAUAAUGAUUAUAGUACUUCACAUCAGACCUUUUUUGAAAUCAAUCAAGGCCAAUUUGAUAUUAAAUUCACACUCUUUAUUUCAAUCAUCAACAUUUUGAAUAUUGCCUGAUGAAAGUAUAAAGAGCAGCACCGCACAACAAUGCGUUUUAAAUAACGGGGGGAAGCCAAUUCUCUGAUCUUCCUUUGUGAUGUCAAACAGCCACAAAGAAAGAAAGAAGAAGAAGAAAAAGAAAAAAACCCGCAUGAGAUGAGUGUUAGGUAAAGACUUUCUAGGUUACAUCACCUCCCGAGUGUGUGUCUGUGGAGCGAGCGCUUCGUUCUGACAGGCGCUCAAGUCUCCGUCCUAUUGGGUCCAGCGCUGAUGGGUGGACUGAAUAAAUAGCGAGCGAGACGCGAGUGAGGGCAAGAUGAGUGGAGGAGCAGCGGAGGAAGCAGGACGCACAGUUUGGUAGUAGCUGCUCGUAACUCACUGCAACUGAAGUGGCAGCUGGACUCUGACCGAGCCGCAUCUGAACUCCCCUCUUUUUUCGCUCACAGAUCUGCAGUUUUUUCUUCUCCCCCGUCACUUUUGCGUGCAUGUGCGCUGCCUGCCUUGCACCGUAGUGCCAAGUUUUUGUCGGCGUGACCCUGCCUGCCUGUCUGCUGCACACUAGAGGGGACUCACUCCCUUUGCGCUUCUUCUUGCUCCCGCUUUGCUUAUUUUUUUUGUGAACUGAUCAAACUGGUCAAGAUGAUGAUCAUCAUUGCGGAGUUCUUCGUGGUCAUUCUGAAGGUGCUCUGGGCUUUUGUCACUGCCGGGGCGAAGUGGGUGGUGCGACCCAAGGAGAAGAGCGUGGCGGGACAGGUGUGCGUGAUCACCGGGGCAGGAAGCGGCCUCGGGCGGCUCUUCGCCAAGGAGUUCGCCCGGAGACGAGCGAUACUGGUGUUGUGGGACAUAAACAGCCAAAGCAAUGAGGAAACGGCGGAGAUGGUGCGGCAGAUAUACCAUGAGCUGGACACUCCCAUAACCAAAGACGGACCUGUUGGAGGCGUAGAGGAAGUCCCUCCCUUCCAGCCGCAGGUCUACACCUAUGUGUGUGACGUGGGGAAGCGGGAGAGUGUGUAUUCUACAGCCGAGAAGGUGCGUCGAGAGGUGGGAGAGGUGGACAUACUGAUCAACAAUGCCGGCGUCGUCUCCGGCCAUCAUCUCCUGGAGUGCCCCGAUGAGCUGAUCGAGCGCACCAUGGUGGUGAACUGUCACGCACACUUCUGGACCACCAAGGCGUUUCUCCCCAAGAUGCUGGAGCUGAAUCAUGGUCACAUUGUGACGGUUGCCAGCUCCCUGGGUUUAUUCAGCACAGCUGGAGUGGAGGAUUACUGUGCCAGUAAGUUCGGUGCCAUCGGGUUCCACGAGUCACUGAGCCAUGAGCUGAAGGCCUCUGAGAAGGACGGCAUCAACAUGACUCUCGUGUGCCCUUACCUGGUAGACACGGGAAUGUUCAAAGGCUGCAGAAUAAGGAAGGAGAUUGAGCCAUUUCUGCCUCCCCUGAAGCCAGAGUUCUGUGUGAAACAGGCCAUGAGGGCCAUCCUCACUGACCAGCCCAUGAUCUGUACACCGCGCAUCGUCUAUAUGGUCAACUUCAUGAAAAGCAUCCUGCCCUUCGAGGCCAUCGUGUGCAUGUACCGGUUCCUCGGCGCCGACAAGUGCAUGUACCCCUUCCUAGCUCAGAGAAAGGAGGCCAUGAACAACAACGAGGCAAAGAACGGGAUCUAGGGGGCGCUGUUUGUAACACGAACAGAGGCACAUAAAUCUGCAAGCAUGAGGAAACAACCACUGAGGAUGAAAAUGGAAGGAAAGACUGAAUCUUGACUGGUGCACUUGCAUUGAGCAAAUGCAAAGGUUUACCAUAUUGUUCCUCUGGAACAAAGAAAGCUGUGUACUACACAAAGGAUUUAUUUUGACAUUGUUUUUUUUUUUUGUUUGUUUAUUUUUGUUUUUAAGUUUGUUUAAAGAAACCAACAUCUAUAUUCCGUGUCACUAGUUUUUGAAAUCAUACAGAAAAAAGGUAUCCAAUAAUUAACUAUUUACGUAAUGUAGUCACCAGCCUUAUCUAGUGUCAUUGUGGAAAUAUACAGUAUGUUACUGUACAAACAGUAAAAAAAAUAAAAAAUGUUUUCACUUUUAUUUUAUUUUUGUAGACAUGCACUGUAAUUUCUGAUUUUUCUCUACACUGCCAGCAUUCUCUGUGUAGGAAGGUUUCAAUGGAGCAUUUCAAACUUCCCGGCGUCUCCCCGCGCAGAGGCUCUUUAUUUCAGGCAGUCAGGAAAUUGGUUUGCAGCUUAACACGACUCUGAUUUGUCACUUGUGUCAUUUAAAAACAAAGCAAGAACAUUUCACAAGUUUACCAUAGUCCGUUUUCGUUGUUAAGUUACGGACAUGUAGCAUAUAUGUUGAUAAUGAAGUCAUUCCAAAUGGGACAUGUAAAGGCCAGAUUGUGGCUGAUUUAAAUCUUCACAGUGUUUCCCGUCUAAUGGGGACUCGACAUUUGUCCCGUUAAUGGUCCUGUUGUUGUUGUUUUUUCAGGUCUGUAUCGACUAAACCUCUCGAAUGAAAAGUGGGCGAGGGAGUCGAUGUGUGACACAUUCAGAAUGUACUGCUUUGGGAGAAACGGAGAGGAAAUAUGUUUUGUUUUUUUGUUUUUUUUAUUUCUCUCACUUGUCUAUAUUUUCAAGAUCUGUGGUGUUUAUAUUGUAAAUUUAUCUGUUACCAUAUUAUUUGUUUAAAAAAGAAAAGGAAAAAAAAAGAAUGCAACAUAGGCUGUAAACUCCUGGUGAACCGCUGUCCCAACACUGAGUGUGUGUGGUUGAGGGGAAUGCAUUAAAGACAUUAGCUUUCCAUUAAUCUGUCCAAAGUAACACUUUAACUCUCCUGUCCAUUGUCCACCGCGUCCAGUUAAAGUGAAAUGUAAAUGUUUUAAAUGUUGUGAAUACCCCAGUACCCUUAAAAAAAAACAAAACAAAAAAAAAAAAAACGUCUCCACCAUAUUUGAUGUAUGAACAUUUUUAUAUACCUUUGGGAUGACAAGAG